AUGUACCCCCACUACACCUACUACUACCCCCACUAUCUCCAGACUAAGCAGUCCUAUGCGCCUCCCCCGCCGCCAAUGGCUCCGCCCAGCCCCGGUACCACAGGAGGAGGAGGUGGUGGAGGUCAAGGAGGAGGGCUAAUGGAGCAGCUUAGUAAGACCAACCUGUACAUCAGAGGCCUCCCCCCGGGCACCACGGACCAAGACCUCAUCAAACUGUGCCAGCCAUAUGGGAAGAUUGUAUCAACUAAGGCCAUCCUCGACAAGAAUACAAAUCAGUGCAAAGGUUAUGGCUUUGUGGACUUUGACAGCCCCGCGGCGGCGCAGAAGGCAGUGGCUUCACUAAAAGCCAGUGGAGUCCAAGCACAGAUGGCCAAGCAACAGGAGCAGGACCCCACAAACCUCUACAUCUCAAACCUGCCAGUGUCCAUGGACGAGCAGGAGCUGGAGAAUAUGCUGAAGCCCUUUGGUCAUGUGAUCUCCACGCGGAUACUACGAGACGCUAACGGCCUCAGCCGAGGAGUCGGCUUUGCAAGGAUGGAGUCGACGGAGAAGUGCGAUGUGGUGAUUCAGAAUUUCAAUGGGAAAUUCCUGAAAACUCCUCCAGGCAUGACAGCCCCUGCAGAGCCGCUCCUGUGUAAAUUUGCUGACGGCGGGCAGAAGAAGAGGCAGACCCAGGUCAAAUAUCCCCAAAAUGGCCGACCGUGGACAAGGGACGGAGAGAGUGGCAUGGCGCUGACAUAUGAUCCCUCUGCAAUUCAGAACGGGUUCUACUCGUCGCCGUACAGCAUCUCCACCAACCGGAUGAUUGCGCAGACAUCAAUCUCGCCGUUCAUAGCUGCUUCUCCUGUCUCCACAUAUCAGGUCCAAAGUACAUCUUGGAUGCCACAUCAACAGUAUGUUAUGCAACCCACAGGUGCUGUGAUCACUCCGACCGCCACCAUCGAGCCCAGUCUGUCCCUGCACCCGUCCAGUGUAAUGGCUCCACUCAUGCAGCAGAUGAACCACUUGUCUCUGGGCACUUCGGGAAAUUACCUGCCUGCUGCAGCCACUGCCCCUAUGCAAGGAACCUACAUUCCCCAGUACACUGCAGUGCCUGCCUCUGCCAUCACAGUGGAAGGCGUGGUGACAGAGGCCCCUCCGCAGACAGCCCCCUCUACACAGAACGCCAGCGGACAGCAGCCUUUAUCUGUGGAUAGCACGGGGGACCACACCACGGCCUAUUCUUACCAGCAGACUAAAUAA